AUGGGUGCAUCAGGCUUAGGUUCUGGUUUAGCAAAUUGCAUUAAUCUCUCAAAUUUGACACUUUACCUUGAUGUCAAUUAAAUUGGUGCAAUUGGUGCAUCAGGCUUAGGUUCUGGUUUAGCAAAGUGCAUUAAUCUCUCAAAUUUGACACUUUAACUUCGUGGAAAUUAAAUUGGUGACGAAGGUGCAUCAGGCUUAGGUUCUGGUUUAGCAAAGUGCAUUAAUCUCUCAAAUUUGACACUUGAUCUUAG